CCUACGAUGGCGUAACACAGCGAACACGCAGGACUCCGAACACUAACCGGAGCACCACGCGGAAUAAAUGCUCUCAAGUACGCAGGGGACCCAGGGGAAUAAAACACCCGUUUCUACCCCAUCUCCGUGGCUCUCCUUCCUGCACCCGGCACAGACACCCGUGAAGGUGGCUCUCAGACGCCGCCGGGCUCGGGCCACGCCGCCGGGUACGCAUUCUCGGGCGCAUUUGCAGCGCGGGUGACGCGGAGUGGCCCUCGCGGCGAUCCGUAGACGCCGGCCUUCCUCUUCUGAUCCUAUCACGUGGGACAGAAUGUACCGUAAGGUGCUAAACAAAAGGCGCAAGUGCUCCGCGAUGCUUAGAAGCAGUUUGUGAGGGUGCAUCAGGGAAUCAUGCAGCCGUCAGGACACAGGCUCCGGGACAUCGAGCACCAUCCUCUCCUGACCAACAAUGACAAUUAUGACUCUGGGUCCUCCUCAUCCUCUGAGGCCGACAUGGCAGAUAGGGUGUGGUUCAUCCGUGAUGGUUGUGGCAUGGUCUGUGCCGUCAUGACCUGGCUGCUGGUCGUCUACGCAGACUUUGUGGUGACCUUUGUCAUGCUGCUGCCUUCCAGAGACUUCUGGUACUCCGUGGUGAACGGAGUCCUCUUCAACUGCUUGGCGGUCCUUGCACUGUCGUCCCACCUGAGAACCAUGCUCACUGACCCUGGGGCCGUCCCCAAAGGGAACGCCACGAAGGAGCACAUGGAGGCCCUGCAGCUGAAGCCUGGCGAGGUGAUCUACAAGUGCCCCAAGUGCUGCUGCAUCAAGCCAGAGCGUGCCCAUCACUGCAGUAUUUGCAAAAGAUGUAUUCGGAAAAUGGACCAUCACUGCCCGUGGGUGAACAACUGCGUGGGAGAGAAGAAUCAGAGGUUUUUUGUGCUCUUCACUAUGUACAUAGCUCUGUCUUCAAUCCAUGCUCUGAUUCUCUGUGGGCUUCAGUUCAUCUCCUGUGUCCGAGGGCAGUGGACAGAGUGCAGUGACUUUUCGCCUCCAAUAACUGUGAUCCUGUUGAUCUUCUUGUGCCUUGAGGGGCUUCUGUUUUUCACCUUCACUGCAGUUAUGUUUGGCACCCAGAUCCACUCGAUAUGCAACGACGAGACGGAGAUUGAGAGACUGAAGAGUGAGAAGCCCACGUGGGAGCGAAGGCUGCGGUGGGAAGGGAUGAAGUCUGUCUUUGGGGGGCCCCCCUCACUCCUCUGGAUGAACCCCUUUGUUGGCUUCCGAUUCAGGCGACUGCAGAUGAGGUCCAGGAAAGGAGGUCCCGAGUUCUCUGUAUGAGCCCUCCAGACCCGGAGUGUCUGUGGACGUCUCGUUGCUCUGGCCUGCGAGGGCAGCAGCCUCGUGGGCAGGUGGAGCCGCUCGGCCGCUACUGCCGUGAGCAGCUUCCUGGACCUUGGGCCACAGGGCACUCGCGUCAGUCUUCAACUGUACUGCCAGGAGAAGCCCACGGCCACAGGAGGGCAGCCCGCCGUCCUGACUUUGGGACGCCGUGUGGGUUGUGAGCGGCUGGGAAUGGAGCUGCUUUCUCAGUCAUGAAGGUCGGCAGCACGUGGGUCGAAUUCCCUGAGCAGGGCUGCCAGGAGUCCUGCCAGCCGCCCCCAGCACACUCCCUGACCAGAGGAGUUUCAUAGAGACUCUGUGGCCUUGGUGGGCUCUGACACUUAGCACUGAUGUUGCAAAGAUUCCAUGCACUGAACAGUGGAGGCGGCUCCGGGAACAUCCCUGCUGUCCGGGAACGGGCACCUUUGACCCUUCCAGCAAGUCUGUGUGCACCCAUCUUGUGUGUGUCUGUGUGUGCGUGCAUGUGUCAAAAUUGGCAGCGUUGUUCAGGCGACUGUGUGUAGCAGACAGGCUAUCAGAUCUGACAUUUCAGGGAAAUGGGGCACACUGCUGGGCCCUGACCAGGGUCCUAUGAAUGUAUUGAUACAGUGUCCAGAUCCAAAGAGCAGUCCUUCCUGUGCGGGGCCCGGCCUCCUGCUCUUGUGUACUUUAAGAUCCAGAGUACUUGAGGACUUGGAACUGAGGUUUGGUUCCAGCCAAAUUCGCAGUGUGUAACCUCCCUCAGCCAGGAAGGAGGUGGCCUCAUGCUGUGGGCCUUGCUGGGCUUGCCUGGGACUCCCCAGUGGGUACAGCAGGGUGAGGAGGCCUGGGGCAGUCUGGGGCCUGAGCUGUCCAGUGGCAUGAUGGCUUUCAAUUUUGUUUCUCUACCCACAGCAGGUGGUCAGAGUGGACCCUUGGUGUGAGCUUAGAAUUAUGUCAGAAUGCAAACAGCUCCCCCUCCAGGGAACUUGCCUUAAACUUCCGGAUUAUUCCUUUGCUGCUGUGCGAAAGCAGUUUGACGGAGGCUGGGAACUUCCAGUGAGUCCAACCCCAUGCUGAGACAGUGGUGUGUCCCUACUGGGACCAGCUGCCUUUCUGUCCCUGUGACACUGGGACUGUGCCGUUAGUGUCAGUCGCUUGUUCUCUGCCCUCACCUGGGCUCCUGUGCUACCAAGGUAGAUCCCAGGGCCUCUGAGCCUGGCCCUUGAGCCAUGGGACCCGAGUCACUGCAGAGGGACCAGCCGUGUGCGUGGGCCGCAGCGAUCGUGGUGCGCGUUCAUUUGCACGUGUGUCUGGGUCUCGGUUGUGGAACCGUUCAUAGCGGUCAUCCUCCAGGGACGGAGGCCGUGACUCGGUGAGUGCAAGCCGAGCAUACUUGACUUUUCAACUGCUCAGUGUGAUUUUAUAUGAAAUAAAGUGGCCCGUCCACAGUGCUCA